CAGGCAUUAAGAUGCCACAGUGGAUGGCACUUAAACCACUCGCUUAUCAGAAUCCGGAGCCAUACGGAAUUUGACUGCGAAACGAGCUAGUCAUGACAGUAUGUAGUAGUCUAUCUUGUAGUGUUAUCUGUAAUCUGUAGACCUAACUGCCCUCCUCACCUUCAAUCCCCUCAACUUACUUCUGUACUUACUCCUACAUCAUCAACACAAUGGACCAAGACCCCGGUUUUAUCGCUGCCGUCGAAGAGGCCAAGAAAGGUGCCGCUGAGGGUGGUGUGCCAAUUGGCGCAGCGCUAGUCUCCAAGGACGGCAAGAUCCUGGGACGGGGUCAUAACAUGCGCGCUCAGAAUGGAAGCGCCAUUCUGCACGCCGAGAUGUCCGCUCUUGAAAACUCUGGACGCCUGCCCGCAUCGGCCUACGAGGGGGCCACUAUGUAUACCACCCUGUCACCCUGUGACAUGUGCACUGGCGCUUGUCUACUCUACAAAGUGAACCGGGUGGUUAUUGGUGAGAACAAGAACUUCAUGGGCGGCGAGGAUUAUCUUCGCGCUCGGGGUAAGGAAGUGGUCGUGUUGGAUAAUGAGGAGUGCAAACACUUGAUGGAGAAAUUCGUCAAGGAGAAGCCUGAGCUCUGGUAGGUCUUUCAUAUGCUUUUUGAGAUUCCCAGUCGCUAGACGUCACGGGAUCUAAUGGUCUUCAGUGGUCCUUCUUUACUCGGAUUCACCAUGUUGCCCCAGUAA